CCAACACGACAACAUGAACUCUCUGGCCUUGAUCUUCUCCGUGGUCGUGGUGGCAGUCUCCGCCCAGUACCACACUCCCGAGUACCACUCGGCUCCUGCACCAUCCUAUGGUCAUGCCUCUGGUCACGCCCCUUCAUACGAUCACGGCUCUGGUCACGCUCCUUCUUACGGAAAGGGAGGUGAAGCUACCAGCUUCCAGAGCUUCCACCUUGAGGUCGGCCAACAGGAGUACAAACAGCCUUCCUACGAGAGCCAGAAGCCUUCCUACCAUUCCGAGCCUUCUUACAAACCUUCUUACGAGAGCCACAAGCCUGCUUACCAUUCCGAGCCUUCUUACAAACCUUCUUACGAGAGCCAGAAGCCUGCUUACCAUUCCGAGCCUUCUUACAAACCUUCUUACGAGAGCCAGAAGCCUUCUUACCAUUCCGAGCCUUCUUACAAACCAUCCUACGAAAGCCACAAGCCCGCCUACCAUUCUGAGCCUUCUUACCAUCAUGCUCCCGCUCCCGCCUACAAACCUUCCUACAGCAAGCCUGCUUACAAGCCUUCUUACUAAGACUUCGAUACCUUUCAUUGUUAUUUAUGUCAUCGUUCAUCGUUUGUAAAUAAAAUGUAAAGUAAUUAUUA